AUGAAGAAGCCAAUGAACCGUUUCCAUAGUGUCUGCUUUCCCCCAAAUGGUAGAGAUCUCUCUCAUCCAGCAGACAUUGACGCCGAGGCUCGAUCUGCUCUACUUAAGAAGUAUCAUCACGAGCUCGAGAAGUGUAGUCCUCGGGAGACGUGGGUCGGCGAUGCCCACCAGAAAUCGGCGCCUUAUCCAAUACUUGGGAAUGAAGCUCACCAACGCCAGAUAGCAGAGCUUGGCCAGGCUUUGGUCCUAGCAGUCACUGAUAUUGUGGAAAGAUGGUGGUCCGACGUUGGGGCUCGUUUUCCAGAGCGGAUGCCGAUCGAACCAGUGGAGGAACAGCUGUUACAAUGGAUGCAACAACAAGAGAAGCAUGUACUUCAUCCAUUCAGAUUCCAUCAAGGCUCUUGGAGGCCCGACUUUCUGCUUGAAUCCUCUGAAGACCCUGAACAAAUUGAGAACUAUCGCAUCUGUGAGAUCAAUGCUAGGUUCUGUAUGCAUGGAUUCCUCUUUACUGCAUUUGGCCAGCAAGCCCUUCUCAAUAUGGGCCUCGAGGAAUACGGUAUCAAAGGAGCCACAGACCCACAAAAUGUCAUUACUGGAUUGAGAAGCCUUUUCGAUUCUUCACUCCCCUUGCAUCUGGUCAAGGGGAAGGAAGCUGGAUUCGAUAUCCACAUGUUCGUUCCGUAUGCACAGCGUUACCUGGGGAUGGAUGUUAAAGUCAUUCCCCCCGAGAGUCUUCGAUUGGUACCUGCUGCAGCUCCAGGGGGAUAUAAGCUGUACUGUCUGUCUGGGGCAGAUACUAAGCAGCCGACAAUUUUUAAUGAUGUCGGUGAGUGUUUAGAAGAAGUACUUCAGCUAGGACUGGAACUCUACCAACGAGAAUUGCUUGCUAUGAGCUUUGAAAUGCUUCAGCAAAUCAGCCUCAGGAGUUUCAACGACCUACGUACUGUGUUUCUUGUUCAUGACAAACGCUUGUUAGGUUUAGUUCUGGAAGAGCUCGAUUCACUGGUUGCUCGAGACGUGCUCUCUUCGCGCCAAGCCGAGAUACUUAAUCGGGGACUCGUCCACACCAUUAUCCCCGGGUCAGACAAAUUGGAGCGUUUCAUGUCCAGCUGCCAAGCAGACGUCUGCAUCAAGGACAGCUAUCUUCUCAAGCCAAUUCGCAGUGGCAAGGGGAGCGGGAUCUUAUUUGGAGAUCAGGUCACACAGGAGGAGUGGGUCUCACUUCUUCAGGGCAUGCGGGACCCUCGUCUGAAACACGGGAAAACAACCUACGUCGUUCAAAAGGAAAUUGAACAACAAAAGUAUGAUGUUCUUCUUGAAGAAGACGCUGGUGUUGAGAGCUUUCCUCUCGUCGGGACGUUCCAUAUCACAAAUGGUGUUUUCCUUGGACUCGGACUCUGGCGAAGCGGCCCUGGUCGGAUUUGUGCUUUAAGCCGUGGAGGAGCAUGGAUGUGUUCCUUGAUCCAACAAUAA